CAGCCCAUGGCCAGGUGGUCCCUAAUUCCCAGGGCCGGCUCCAGGCACCAGCUUACCAAGCAGGUGCUUGGGGCGGCCACUUUGGAGAGGGGCGGCGCGUCUAGCUGUUUGGCAGCAAUUCAGCGGACGGUCCCUCACUCCUGCUCAGAGCGAAGGACCUCCCGCUGAAUUGCCGCCACAGAUCACGAUCGCGGCUUUUUUUUGUUUUGUUUUUGUUUUGCUGCUUGGGGCGGCCAAAACCCUGGAGCCGGCCCUGCUAAUAACUAUCCUCAAUGGUAUCCUUGUCCACCGGCUCAGCCUUGCAAUUGUCCCCUGCACACCUGCCGUUGGGUCCAUGUUCACAGGCCGGGAGGGCCUGGCAAAACCAGGGACUGAGAGAGCUGCCCACCCUGAUUGGUAAGAUGCACGUGCUACAGUAGUUGCUCUGCCUUAUGCCUGGGUCUUCCCUUCAUUUGGGCAGGUGUCUAAGAUGCCAGAGGGCCCAGAGCUGCACCUGGCCAGCUGCUACAUCAACACGGUAUGUGCAGGACUCAUCUUCUCGGGGAAGGUGGAGAAGUCUGAAGUGAGCAAGAACCCAGAGGUGCUGUUUGAGAGCGACGCGUACCUGAUCUCUGCCACCUCACGGGGCAAGGAGAUCAAGCUGACCCUGACGCCACUCAAAGAGGAGAAGAACUUGCUCCCUGGCAGAGGGAGGGAUAGGGAGGGGCUGAGCCAGAAUGGUCUCCAGCAGCCCAUGGAUCUUGUCUUCCGCUUUGGGAUGUCAGGCAGCUUCAAGCUCGCUUCCGGGGCCGAGCUGCCCAAACACGCCCAUCUUCGGUUUUACACCAAGGAGAGCCCGCACCGAGUCCUCUGCUUCGUGGAUAUCAGGCGCUUUGGGAGGUGGGAAGUGCACGGGACGUGGCAGCUGGAUCGAGGGCCAUGUGUGAUGCUGGAGUAUGAAAAAUUCAGGGAGAACGUGCUGAGGAACCUGUCUGACAAGGCUUUCAACAAGCCCAUCUGCGAAGCCCUGUUAAAUCAGAAGUUUUUCAAUGGGAUUGGCAACUACCUCCGAGCCGAGAUUCUCUACAGGUUAAAGAUCCCUCCCUUUGAGAAGGCUCGGACGGUGCUAGAGGCUCUUCAGCAUCGGAAGCAGCAGAGUCCGGACCUGACCUUGAGCAAGAAAGUGAAGUUAAAGCGGGAGAAUCCAGACCUGCUGGAGCUCUGCCAUGCGGUGCCCAUGGAGGUCAUUCACAUGGGGGGGAAGGGUUACAGCCUGGAGCCCUCUGAUGAUGCUGCGGCCUUUGAGGAGUGGCUGCAGUGUUAUUGUGUCCCUGGCAUGAGGUCGCUGCGUGAUGGCAAUGGCAGGACCAUCUGGUUUCAGGGGGAGCCUGGACCUAUGGCCCCGAAAGGAGAAAAGUCCCGCAAGAGGCGUUCGCAGGUGAAUGCUGACCCUGAGCCUCCAAGUCCAAAGGCCACAAAGCCGGUGCCGAAGAGACGUUCGAAGGGUAGCAGCGGCCAAGAGAAGGUAGCAAAGCGAUCUAGCAGGAAGAAGGGGAAAGAGCUCGUCCAAGGAGCCGAGAACGCCAAGGCAAAUGAAGCAAGAAAGCCAAACGCCAGGUCCAGAAGGAAAGCAUCCGCAAGUCAAGGGUCUCCCAUGAACGAAGCUCCUGCUGCAGAUAGGAAGAGGCAGGCAUCUGCUCAGAGAAGCACAGGAGCAGCUACUGCUGCCCCAAGAUCCAGGCGGGUGAAGGCUGAAUGACUGGUCUGGCAUGGCAUCUGUCCUCGCUCCAGCCUGGGGUAACUCAGAUGGGAGCUCGCUUGCUACUGCUGCACGUGCUGAGGGAGACGCGCUGGGAGCAGCUGCUGGGGUGACUCUUCUCUCAAGCGGGCGUGCCCGCUGCAUUGUUUCUUAGAUCCUUCCUCAGAGGGGCUUGCUGCAGGGGCUCUAAGCCGCUGACGCAAGAGCCAUGUCCCAUGAAAUGGAGAAGGUGAUGCCAUGGCGUCAGCCUCCCUGCUCGGUUAUGGGGUUUUAUUCCUUUUUAAAUGCGACUCCAGAACACAGCAAUUGGGUGACUUUGUAUCGAACCCCUUUGAAGCUGCCGGGGCACCCGCUGGUGACUGCAGCUGAGAGCUGGCGGUUCUGGGCAGGGAGGUGGGAAACGCACCGAGUAGGGGAAGUCUGAGGUUGAAACAGUUUCCUGAGGGUCAGGUUAAAAAUCCUCGGAAGACCCUAGCUCUUCAUUCCCUCUCCCUGCUCUCAGCUGCCCUUUGCAGCCUCCCUGCCCGCUGCCACGAGAUGGCUCUGGCUUCAGAGGCUGUGUUUGGCCCAAGUUAGUGAGGACAGAGCGGAGUUUGCAAAUGUUUUUAUUGCCCUGGCUGAUUCCAGAGUCUCUAACCCUUGCUCUGCAGGAGGGCCGAGCUUUGCAGAUCAGCAGCAUUUUAUCUCGUGUAACUCAGGAGGAGGGUGGCAGUGGCAUGUCUGAAUAAGGGAUCAACUUUGCUACCAGAAACAUGUGCAGUCUCUCGGCAGCGGGCGUGCAAGCUUUUCCUUGCUGUCCCGCUCGUAUGCCUGAGCUCUGGUGGGGAUCAGAAGGUAGGACAGCCCCAGUGGCUCUGUCAGAAAUUCACCUCUGCAGACACUUAGCUGUUGUGUGGAGUGAGUCCAUCAGUCAGUCACUCCUGAGCUGGGCUGCCCAGAAACCAGUGCCCUGAGUUUACAGGCUCAGCAGCUGUGCCAACCUGCCCACCCUCCCCAUAGUGUGGUUCUCUGACUCAACUGCCAGUGCUUUUAGCAAUCUGAUUUUAGUACUAACAAUAAAACUUUUCCAUAAACAAUCCCUUGUGUGGCUGCUUUGCUAUCACUGCAGAAGACUCUCUGCUGUUCUGGAGGCCACGUAUUAGGGCAAAGCAGCAAUACAGUAGCAGUAUGGCUUACAGCCAGGUCAGGGCAUUCUACUGGGACCUGCCCUUUCUGGGUGCUAGUGGUUCGGAUGUGCCUCUUUUCCAGCUAGUUAAAGGGAGUUCCUAGUGGCCAUAGCUAAGCUGUACUGGAUUCCUGUUGUGAGCAUUCACCUGAGGAUUCAAAUGGGGAAGGAAGCUGUAGAAAUACCUGUCCAUAAAUGGAAUAAAGAAGCCCUUGUAAUAACUGGGAGUUAAUGGCAGAUUCUUCUGGUGCCAGUUCAGGUGCUAGCCUGGAUCAUUUGACUAGAACUAUUUUUUUCCAUGUCUGGAGGGAGUUGGGGGCCUUUGACCGUGGGUGAGAACCCUGGCUCCCCAUCUCAAUUAGGAAACUGUUGCAGUGAAACUGAAGGGCUCUUGAGAAUGCCCCCUGUGACAGUCUGUACCCUUAUGCUCACCACUUUGUAGAAGAGUGAUCAUGGUUUUGUAAAAGUAUGCCUUGUGAGGUAUCAUUUGAAAGGUAAUAAUCGGCUGAACAUUAUUGUCCUCGUAAAAUAUGUGCGGCAACAUUGUGUGUUCAGUUAUAAGAUUCUACUGUGUGACUUUACUGAGACAUGCUCCAAGUUUAGAAAAACUGCUUCAAACUAUGCCCAGAGACUAAGGCUAGCCAGCACCUCAGCACAAUCAAAUGGACUAUCACCUAGUUAAGCAACCAUUCUUUAGCAGUAAGAAAGGUGUGAGCGAGAAAUUUACAGCUUGGCAAUGGAACAGCUGGGCUAAACAGACUGGCUGUCACAUGAACUCCAGCUGGAGAUGAUCUUCAAAGAGGAGGAAAUGAUAUAAAAAUGAGGAAUAGAGGCCCCAAAUCACUUUCCUCUCCUCAUCUCUACUCACGGCAUGGACAGUGUUUGAAAGACAAAGAAAGCAUCACUGAACAUGGGGAGGGGUCAUGGCUUGGGAGGAAUCCAGUCAGACUGUUGUAAGCCUAUUGUGAGAGAAACCUUCUUGCUCUAAGUUCACUUAGCUUGUCAGGUUAGGUAUUAGUUUGCGUUUUACCUUUUAUUUCUUUGUAAACAAUUCUGACUUUUAUGCCUCAUUCCUUGUAAUCACUUAAAAUCGAUCUUUCUGUAGUUAAUAAACUUGUUUUCCUGUUUUAUCUAA